AUGCACGAGGCCAUCAUCCUAGCCAAUUGGCCCUCGUGCCUCAACAGCCUCGUCUGGUCGCAUGAUUGCAUCCUCGCACUCGCGGCAGGCGAGACGGUCGAACUGCUGAUCCCGGUCCUAAGCGCCGACAGCAAUGAUGUAGAUACCGGUCUCCAGGGCACUCAGCAUUGGAUCAACGUCCACAUUCGCACAAAUCUAUUCUCCUCAACCGAAGUCCCACCCAUCGAUCCCCUCCCCCUCCGCGCAAACUCCAUCGGCGAAGAGAUAUCCACAAGCGAUACAGCCUGCAUAGAAUGGUCUCCACCGGGUCUUGCCAAACACGCGAGGUGUGCUCUGGCCGUGCUCACGACGAACCUCAAUCUAUCUCUCUGGGUGUCGGACUCGGACCCCAAGGUUACCCGAGGCUGGAGGCGCGCGUUGGUCUUGAAUCAUGAGCUGGACAGAUAUUUCCAGCAGGUGUAUGCUCAAGAGGAAAUUCGAGUUGAGCUGGAGUGGGAGACUCAACGUAGACUGCGGAGGCGCAUAAGAUCAUUUGCUUGGAGCCCCCAACCACGCCCGUCUCAGCCAGCUGAAUACUCUGUCCAAGAAGCCCAGUUCCCCAUAAACGGUAGCUUCAUUGCAGUAUCAAACGACGACAAUGAUGUCGUCAUCCUGCGCGUCGACUCUCCUUACAGUUUCUACAGCCCUCCCUCAGCCCAGUGGUCUGCUCGUGCAGAGGCUCACUUUUCAUUUGAACCCAAGAUCGACUUGCGCCGGACCCCGCGCCCCUUCUUGCUGAUUGAGGCAAUGGGUGAGCAGCGGUAUAUUGGCAAUCUCGCGUGGAGCCCUUGGACUACAAACUCACACGGUGUGCCAGAAGCUAUCUUGGCUUACACGACUAACCAUAGCGUACAUCUGCGGCGUAUUCGCAUCUCGCCUUUCUCUUCUGACGUGUCACUGGACCAGACCGACAUAUUCUCGGAUGCGACCGUUGGAACGAGAGAAGUGCACUUGCUGCGUUGGAUGCCUAGAGCUCACGGUGAUGUUUUCUACCUGGUGGCCUUCUCUCAAGCCGGGGCUUUCUGCUUUGAAGUCCCGUGUCGAGAUCCAUCAAAGACCACGGUUUCAACCCAUGACCUUGACAAGAGAUGGGACACAGUUGCUGGUUGCGCAUUCAAUGGCCUCUCCAAAACCGAACCGAGGGUGCAAUUCCUCUCACAGCUUAGUGCCCCUGUGGUAGCAACUUCGGAGUUGAAAUUGCCCAUUCCGCCAACAACUGAGUCACGGACACCCCCUUUCCAACAAAGCAUUCGUGAUAGCGAGAAGCUUUUUAGUGCUGAGAAUGAACUCGCAGGCCACACUCACACCAAAGCAUGGGCCAUGUGUUCCUCACCAAUGGGUGACCUGGUAGCGUCCGGAGUGUCCUUCCAUCCCGGAGAUAUGGUUGAGUACACGAUCGCUGCAACAUCACGUACCCAUAUUGGAAUACAGCCCUUUGAAGACACGGCUGGCGCCUUCAUACUGCCUGCCAGUGGUGGCUUGUGCCCGGUUGAAGACCUGAGUGCGGAGACUUUGAUCUACUGCGCUCAAACUUGGCUGGAAGAGCUGCCUGAAGAAAGUAGAGCCGAGCGUUCUGUGCGUAAUACAAUAUUGGAGCAGUUCUGGAGAGCUUUGGGUCUUUCCAACCAUCACGAUGAUAGCCUUGUCGACAAGUACCCUGAAACACAUGCGGAUGGGCUCGACCUUGGGGAGCGAACGUUACUGGCCCAAACUCUACGAAGAGCAGUAUAUUCCAACGACAAGGGCAUCCUGAAACAGCGAUAUGGCCGGCUUUUAACCUUGUUCUUCGACCCCAAAGGAACGACGCAAUCAGACGAUGCCCCGGCGAUUCAGAAGCUGGUCACAGAAGUCCUCAAAGUACCAAGAUGGUCCUACCACGAUAGCGAAGCAAGCCAAAAGAUCAGAACAGUCUAUUCGUCUAUGCUUCCUUGGCUUUCGGAUGCCGAGGCUAGCGGCAUGUAUGACGGUGCUGGGGAAACCUUGAUAGACAAGCACGUGGAAAGAUGCGAGAUCUGCGAUGAUAGCAUUGGCUUCGAGAGCUUUGCAUGGGCGCGGUGUGGCCAAGGCCAUGAGUUCGUGCGCUGUUCUCUCACAUUCCUCGCUAUCCAGGCACCCGGCAUUUCCAAGCUGUGCGGAAUUUGUGGCAAGCGUUAUUUGAACGAGGAGUCUGUCGUUCGGACAGACAAGUUGGCAGGAGCCGACAAAAGUCAGCAGGACCUCGCCAUGCCAAACGUUGAUGGCGGCCAACAAGGCGAUAUCCUCCCUUCGGCUGAAACCAACGUGACCGCCGGUGAGGGAUCAGCCAAGCAAGGAGACGGUACCGGUCAAGGCAAAGCAGCCACAGCUGAUUGCGAACGGUGGCCGAUCACGUUGGCACGCAUAGUUUUUGCAGCUUGCGAUGUGUGCAUCUAUUGCGGGGGCAAGUUCGUGGGAUGA